AUGGCCGAAUUCGGCCAGAGAAAGCCCGUCGCUCCACCGGUUGCUGCCGCAGGAAGCCCAGAGACGCGCCGGGGAGAGGAGCCGGUGUCGAACGGGAACUGCAACCCGACAGACCCGGCGACGAGCCUCCAUCGGGAGUCCAGCUGUGAGUCCCCGACGUGGGAGGGCUCGGAUUCAGGCACUAAAUCAAUACCUCGACGCAGCAGCCUUAUUAAGGAUGGCUCCAGGGCGAGCAGAGACAGGAAGAAGACUGUGUCCUUUAGCAGCAGCCUAUCAGAAAAGAAGAUCAGCGGUGCGGCCGACUGUAUCCACAAAAUGGUGGAAGGAAGCGAGUUGAAGAAAGUGCGUCCCAAUUCUCGUGUAUAUCAACGUUACUACCUGCUAGACGCAGGCCUGCAAGCUUUGUGCUGGGAACCCUCCAAGAAGGAGUCUGACAAAGCCAGAAUUGCACUCGCCACUAUACGAGAGGUGAGGACGGGUCGUAACACAGAAAUAUUCCGCACCAGCGGCGUUUAUGAGCAGAUUUCAGAGGACUGCUCUUUCUCUAUCAUCUACGGAGAGCUGUACGAGAGCUUGGAUCUCGUCGCGCCCUCCAGGGAAGUGGCUAAUGUUUGGGUGACGGGCCUAAGGUAUCUGAUACAGCAUGGAAAAAACGCCUUGGACAUGCUUGCUAGCAGACAGCACAGACUUCGUGUAGGCUGGUUGGAGCAGCUCUUCUCAUCUGCUGAAUCGGAUAUUAACAAGGAUAUUGAACAAAGCAUUUGCUUGCAGUCUGCCGUUAAACUGAUCCAGACAGUGAAUCCAGGGGUGAGCAGCGGAAAAGUGGAACAUAGGUUUAAGGAGCUUCAGAGGGGUCGGGCUGAGCGUCUUUCUCUUAAUAAUGGAUUAGGAGCUAAAGACUCAUCCAAAGCCAAACCAAGACUGGGGUCGAACAACGAGAGGGUCACGCAACAGGAAUUCAAUGAGGUCUUUCAUGACUUUUGUACACGUCCGGAGAUUUACUUCCUCUUGGUGCAGUUCUCCAGCAACAAGGAAUUCCUGGACACCAAAGACUUGACGAAGUUCCUCGAAGCUGAGCAAGGUGUUGCUAAGGUAACAGAAGAAGACAGUCGACGGCUCAUUCAGUCUCACGAGCCAUCAGAAGAGGGUCGGCAGCUUGGCUACCUGUCGAUGGACGGCUUCAACAGUUACCUGAUGUCGCCUGAGUGCCACCUCUUUGAUAGGGAGCAUGACACUGUGUGUCAAGACAUGUCCCAGCCAUUGUCUCACUAUUUCAUCAACUCGUCUCACAACACCUACCUCAUUGAGGACCAGUAUAAAGGACCCUCUGACGUAUCCGGGUAUGUUCGAGCGCUGAAGAUGGGCUGUCGAUGCGUGGAGGUGGAUGUAUGGGACGGUCUGGAUGAAGAGCCGGUGGUGUGUACCGGCCACACACUGUGCCCUCCUCUUGUACUGCGUAAUGUUUUGGAAGCGAUCGCACGGUUUGCUUUUGUCGCAUCAGAAUAUCCAUUGAUCAUCUGUAUCGAGAACCACUGUUCACUUAGACAGCAGAAAGUUAUGACGCAACAUCUGGUGAAAAUACUUGGGGAUCAGCUAUUUACAAACCCUCCGGACAAGAAGGAGUUAUACCUUCCCUCGCCGCAAGCAUUGAGGCAUCAGAUCCUGCUGAAGGCAAAGAAGCUGAGGCCCGGUUGCAAAGCAGAAGACGGUGAAGUAAGUGAGGAGGAUGAAGGCGCUGAGAUGUGUCCGAGGAUGAAGACGGCAAACAAUGGUGGGGCGGCACCUGCGGACAGUUCAAAAGGAACUCCGGAGAAACAAGGAAAUUUAACAACUGCUAGCCAGUGUAGAUCUCCUCAUGUUGCCCGCAAAAAAUUCCAUCUGCUAAAGGAACUCUCAGACUUGGUGACUUUGUGCGAGUCGAUCCACUUCGUCGACUUCCCAACCGCAACCAAGAUCCAAAAACCGUGGCAAUUGUGCUCUUUUCACGAGAGCCACGCCGGGCAUCUCGCUGGUAAGAGCCCGGGGGAAUUUGUCAACCAUAACAAACACUUCCUGUCACGUGUUUACCCGAGUCCCAAGCGCAUUGAUUCCAGCAACAUGAACCCUCAGGACCUUUGGAAAUGUGGUUGCCAGAUUGUGUCUAUGAACUUCCAGACAGCUGGGCUGAUGAUGGACCUAAACGCGGCCUGGUUUCGACAGAACGGUAACUGUGGUUAUGUUCUGCGGCCUGCGAUCAUGCGCCAGGAGGUGUCUUAUUUUAGUGCAGACACCAAAGAGACUGUCCCUGGGGUGUCGCCUCAACUGCUCCACGUAAAGGUAAUCAGCGGACAGAAUCUCCCCAAGCCCAAGGGUUCCGUGGCUAAAGGGGACGUGGUGGACCCUUAUGUGUACGUUGAGAUCCACGGCAUCCCGGCCGACUGCACAGAACGCCGCACUAGGACCGUCUCGCACCACUGCAACAACCCGGUCUUCGAUGAGAGCUUCGACUUCCAGAUCAAUUUGCCAGAGCUUGCCAUGGUUCGCUUUAUGGUGCUGGAUGAUGACUUCAUAGGAGAUGAGUUCAUAGGUCAGUACACCAUCCCUUUUGAGUGUCUCCAACCGGGCUACCGCCACGUCCCGCUUCAGUCCCUGACCGGGGAAGAGCUUCCACACUCCAGACUCUUCGUUCAUGUGGCCAUCACCAACCGUAGAGGAGGAGGCAAGCCUCACAAAAGAGGCCUGUCUGUGCGCAAAGCCCGGAGGAGUCGGGACUACACGGCUCUUCGGGACUUGGAAAUCCGUUCUGUCGAUGAGGUUUUCAAAACUGCAUCACCUUUAUUGAGAGAGGCCACUGACUUGAGGGAAAACAUGCAGAAUUCCGUAGCUAUGUUCAGGGAGCUCUGCGGGGUACCGGCUGUGUCCAACCUCAUGCAGUGCAUUCUCGCACUUGGCUCCAGAGUGAGAGGACCUGACGGGAUGCCUUUACUACUGUUUGACCUCCAGAAGCACUUCCCCACCCUGGAGCCUCAGGGACCCCUGCCUGAUGUCCUUCGCCGCGUCGUGUCCACAUACGACAUGAUGGUCCAGGCUAGCAAAGCAGUGCUUGAGCUUUCUGAUGGAAUUCAUGAGAAGAUUCUGAAUAUUCAGACGACAGCCAUGAAGUUCCACGAACAUCUCCAAAUUCUGGCCGCAAAAGAGGGCUUAAGAGGCCGAAAGGUGAGCCGCGCCGUGGAGAGCUUCACCUGGAACAUCACCAUCCUUAAGGGUCAAGCCGAUCUGAUCACGCACGCCAAGUCUGAAGUUCAGGAAAACAUGAAGCAGGUGCAUGAUGCCGCUCUAACCGGCAACCUCGCCCAGGGAGGAGCCUCCAGAACGCGCCCGAAGUCACGAAAAAGCCACGAUAAGACUCACACGCUCCCCGCCAACUGA